ACCAUUCACGUAGUUUGGUUGCGUCUUGGCGUGUUUAAUGUUGCCAAUAACGAGAGAUUUUUUUUAGGGGGAGGGGGGACGCGAGUACAUAUCGUGCUGCAAUUAGUUCAUUGAAAACUCAGUCGCUCGCGGAGCGGUCAGGCAGAGACUCCUCUCGGCUUUUUUCCCUCCUGCCUAAGGAUCUCCUACGGAGAGCUGCAACAAUGCCCAAAAGAAAGGCUGCAGGUGAUGUGAGCCAGGAGCCAAAGAGAAGAUCAGCCCGACUGUCUGCUAUGCCUGUGCCCUUUACACCGGAGUUGAAACCUAAAAGAGCAUCAACUUCAAGGAAAACCAAGACCACAAAUGUCGUGGAAGAAAACAAAGAUGCAAGUACCAUACCAAUUCCUGAAACCAAGCCAGAAGAUGUUAAAGACGAAUGCAACAUGGAAAAUGCUGAAAAUGGAGAAGCCAAGAUUAUGGAGGCACCCAUUCCUAAAAUGGAAGCUGAGGAAGUAAAAGAACAGAUAAGUGAAGAUACUGAAGAAGAUGGAGGAGAAAAGAAAGAAGCAGUGGCAGCAGAAGCCAAAGAUGAUGAGCUAGAAGCAAACAUUCAAGAUGUGGAGAAAGAUGAAGAUGGAAAAGAGCGAAAAGAUACAGGUGAGGAGGAAGGCAUUUGA